CACAAAACAAGACGUCAAACAUGUGUACCUAAUUUAUAAAAAUGGUGCCCGUUUACCAGCUGGCAGUAAACUUUUCAUAAAAAAAAAGUUGUUCUUACGUUAAAGUAUAUUUUGUGUUAUGGCGUCUGUACUAGAUUUAAUUAAACACUAUCAACAUGCUAUUGAAAAAUAUUGCAAUGAUGAACAGAAAAUUUUAAAGUGCAUAGAUAAGUUGUUUCACCUUAGUGUAACAGUGCAGCACCUUCAAGAAACUGGUGUGGGCCGAACUGUUAAUGCUCUUCGUAAAGAACCUGGAGAUGUUGGCCAGGCUGCCAGAGCACUUGUAUACAAAUGGAAGCUAAUGGUUGCUUCUGAAGAGAGUGACCAGGAAACAGAUAAUAAUGAAACAUCAAAAUACAAUGGCCAUGAUGAUGGAAAUUCAAAUGGCAACCAUAAAUCAAAAACUAAACAAGAAAAAUAUGAAACUGAGGCAAAACAAGAGGAUAAAUCACAUAGACACAUGAAUGGUGACCACAAUCGCAAUAAGAGAAAAUAUCAUAGUAGUGAGGAAGAUGAGCCAGAUGGUAAAAAGUCCAAACAUAGUCAAAACAAAGAAAAUAGUUAUAAAAUUAAAACAGAACCUAAGUCCGAUAAAUCUGAAAGUGAAAGUGAAGAAUCCUCGGAGUCAGGCAGUGACAGUGACACAUCAAAUUCAACAGAUACUGAAAAAGUUGAGUAUAAAAAAAUCAAAGAAGAAAAAAUAGACCAAUAUAAAUCUCCUCCAAGUAAAGAUUCUAGCAGCCAUAGUCAUAGAAAUAAAAGUUCAUCAGGCUCUGACAAGGACAAGUUGUUGGAAAAACAUUAUAAAUAUAGUACUGAAAGUUCUAAACACUCUUCAUCAAAGGAUAGAUCUCAAACCUCAUAUAGACACAGUUCAAAAGAAACAAAAGAAAGGGACCAAAUUAAAGAAAAAAAGGAAAGGUCCUUUGAGAAAGAUCGCCUACAGAAGGAAACACCCUCAGAAAAAGAAAAACCUAAAGAAUCAUCAAGCAAACACAGCAAAUCUAAUAACCAUAAAGAUGAAAAAGAUAAGUCAAGUAAAAGUAAGUUGCAUGAAAAAGAGAGGCUAUCUGAGAAAGAGAAAAGACCAGAUAAAGAUAAGAAACAUUCUGAAUCCACAAAACACAAUCCAGACAAACAUAAAUCAAGUGAAGAAAAGAGGGAGAAAUCUACAAGUAAAUCAGAUAAACAUUCUGAAAAGGACAAGCAUAGGUCUAGUAAGGAAAAACAUGAAUCAAAAGAAAAAAAUAAAGACAGACAUCAAGAAAAAUCAAAAGAUAAAUCUAGUUCCUCUAAAGAUAGAGACCAUAAGGAUAAGAGAUCAUCAUCAAGUGAUGUAACUAAAGAUAGAAAGAAGUCUAAAAGUGAUAAAAGUGACAGCAGUCGGAGUGACUGUAGUCGAAAAGAUAAACAUAAGUCUAGUAGUAAAAAUAAUGAUAUACCAAAGAAAAAAAUUGAUGAAAGUAAUGGUGAUAGUGAUGGCAUUGGCUGUGAAUCAGGUGCCAGUUUCGCUGAGGCCCUUGGCAUGGUGAGUCCAGUGAAAUCGAAAAAGAAACAAAUCAAAGAAACUCACUCUCCUAGUUCCUUUAAUGGCGAUCUCAGCCCGGCUUCUUUGCUGGCUCCCGAUGCAAAAUUGGCUCCUCUACCGAACAUUGAAAUUUCGGCUCUACCAGAGAUAUCGCCGAACUAUAAGCCGAGACCGCCUCCCAAGUUUCUCCCACAUUUCGAUGAUAUGGAUUUAAGUACUGUUAUGUCUUCGAAGAACCAAAGAACAAAAGUUUACUCUGGAAAUAAAGUGAUAGGGAAAAUACCUUCGCUGUAUGAAAUGUGUGUUCAAGUCCUUCAAGAGCAUAUUGAUGCUCUGGAAUAUACUGGUGGUGUGCCAUAUGAGAUAUUGAAACCAGUUGUGGAUAGAGCGACCCCCCAACAGCUCUUUAUGUUGGAGCACUUUAAUCCCUAUCUUAUGGAGGACACUGACCAUUUAUGGCAGAAGUUCUGUGAAAAGCAUUUUAGGAAUAAGAAACGAAUGGAGAUGGAGACGUGGCGGGAGAUGUAUAUGCGUUGUCAAGAAGAGCAAGAAAUCAAACUGAAAUCCUUGACGGAGAAUAUAAAAAUAGCUCAAGAAGCAAAAAAGGCGCCAAUCAAACAGACAAAGAUGGCGUACGUUGACACAGUUGUCAAACCACCCCGAAGUGUUGCCAGAAAACAAGCGCAACACGGAACAGCAUUUGCUGCAACUGCAAGCCCUGCAGCAAGAGUAGCAGCAUUGGCUACUGCUCCCAACGUACUGAAGGGCGGAAGACCUACCCCAGUUACAACACUCUCUCCCUUUGUAAAACCUAAAAAAGCACCCUUAAUGCAAAAAGCCCUCCAAUUUAUGAGGGGAAGAAAACGGUGAAUUUCCAUAGAAAUUAUUGUAAGCAAGUGUUACCGACCAGCGAUGAUGUGAGUUUUUGUCUUGGUUCAACUAUCCAUUAACAGGAAAUUUGUAAAUAAUAAGCGAUUUGAGGUAAAAGUGUCCUAAGUAGUUUUCCUAUGGUUAAAGUCGACAGAUAAAGUAGUACUUGUGAGAAUUCUAAUUUGACUAGUUUUUGGUAUGCAAAUAGUAAAAUAUACAAUGUUCGAAUCCUGUACAGAAUGUACUUUUGAUAGAUCUUCAACUAACACAUUUCGAUAUUUGAUAACAUGAAAAAAGGUUUUUCAUGUUCAAGUGGAACCUCCACUAACUUGGGUUUUUAAUACAAACAAAAACCCAAUGGUUUUUCCGCACUUGGAGUAAUGUAAAUAUAUAUUUAUCACAAUAGUUAAAUUUAAUUUAUAUAAAUCAUAUUGUUUCAUAUGAAUUUUUAAAAUUUUUAUUAUUAUUUAUAUAUAUUAUCAAGAACUAGGUUUGUACAGAUUUUAAGAAAAUAAUACAUCUUUUGUAACUUAUAAUCAUAUCUUAAUUGAUUCAAAAUAUUGUAUAAACGUAAUAAAUAUACAAAAUCAAUAAUUCUAUAUUAUAAACUCUUUUUAGAGCUUUAAAUUCAUAUAUUUUUGUAUUGACAUAUAUUCAGAGUCGAGGCUAAUGUGUACCUAAAUAUGGCUCCCAUAUGUCAAAAAUGUAUAGGAUAUACAAUUCACACUAAGUCUUAACUUAAUUAUUUAUUUAUUUUAUUUUAUCUGCUUUACAGUUUAUGAAAUUUACGUAGAUAUACCAAUAUAUACUCUCAAGCAUACCAAUAGGUAAUACAGCUACAAUUUGUUUGUUAAUAUAAAGUAUUUUUUCAUAAACUGUGUAGAAGGCACCCUUUGGAAUCCUUUUUUGGUUGAGAUUCAAAGACAAGUUUAGAUGUGUAGAAACUUUCUCAUUUCUAGAAAAAUAUAGUAACUUCUAUAGUCGAUACAUAAUCUGGCAUUUUAAACUGAACAUAACUCACACAUUGACUGGUACACGAAUUAUUUUAGAAAUAUUUUAAUGUAAUGUAGUCUGUAUGUAGUAUAUUGAUUGUAGUGAUUAAUUUAAGAGUAUGAAAUAGAUGUGUUUGGUUCCUUUAGCUAACGAAUAACUGUUGGUAUAUUGAUGUUGCUAUAUUCUACACAAAUUACGAUCAAAAUUGCAUUGAACGCAUGUAUUUAAAAAGCUUUUUUGUUAGAAUAAUAUGGAAAUCUGACAAGAACGGAUUUGAUGGAUUUGACCAAUUCUUAUUGUUUGACAUUAGUAUUGUUAUCAUUUUUAUGAAAUAUAUAUUUUUAUAUUUUAUAUCAUCACAAAGUGAUUUCACUGGGAAAAUUCAAACAACAAAAAAAUUUAUAAGUAUACAAUUCUCAGUUACAAUUGGAAAUUGUACAUAUUCAAAAAAAUUAUGCAUAUAAAAAAUACUCAUGAAAUCAUGUUAUGGCCAUGUCUUCAGAGUCUCAGGAUAAGAUUCAGAGACAUGUUAAUAACCAUCUGUCAAAGUCAGACAAGUAAUUGACAGAAGAGACCUAGUUCCUAUUUAUUUGUCUCUGAACCUUAGCCCUUGAAAUUCGCGCCAAAGUACUAUCUACCUACAUUUACAGUAAGUAAAUGCUCAUUUGUAGUCGCAAAACGUUUGGCAUAUGGGAUGACGUAUACUGCUCAUCUAAGUAAGGCUUGUCACAGACCGUAAAUGUCAUAGUGUGUGGCUUUUGCAAGUUCUGAGGAAAUUCAUCAAACUAUUGUGUAUGAAUUAUAUACAAGUUAGUUUAAUUUUCAAACUAUUUCUUUCUUCUGCAUAUACUUUAAUCCUCAUCUUCAUGUCUUACUUAUCUUCAGAAAAUAAAAAUGUGUACAUAAAUAUAUUGUUUAUUUAAGGAAACUUAAAGAAUUAGUUAAAAUUAUAACAAACUCUUAUAUUUAUAAGUUCAUAUUUUAUGCAGUUUGCUCAAAAAUUUAUGACAGUAGCUUUUAUGAUUAUUAAAUUGACCAACCUGUCAGUUUAGAAAAAAAUGUG